AUGCCUGAGGAAGUGCUCUCCAACGUGACGAGCGACUUUCGUGUCAGCAAUGUUGAUCAUAUCACGAUCCACGUAGAAAUCGAUAUCAAGAAGCGAGUAGAGGAUAUUGAGCACUGGAUAGAUGUUCCAUGCAUUCUGAUUCUCCUCAAUGUUGAUCAAAUCCUCAACCUCGUCGGCAUUUCUCUUGCCUGGAUUGGCUUUGUAGAGACAGAAUGCUUGGAAUUGAUAAACGAACUCGUCGAUUAUGUCCCAAAGCCAGACGUUUGGAAGCGAGAGUGGAAUAGGAUCCUUGCUGGAGAGAAGCUCAGAGAAGAGCUCUUGAUAGUUCAUGAACGAUUCGUAGCGAUGAACAAGGAGUGGUCCACGAGCGUUUCUUGCGUACAAUUGGCGAUAAUGGAAGUACCUCAAUCAGAGCGCGUCGAUGAGGUCGAUCUGUUCCUCAGCCAGCAAGAUGGGCAAAUUCAACGUCCAAAAGGGCCAAGUUGUAGGCAUCCGGCUCGUCAAAAGUGUACAAACUGUUUGCCGUUAGAUCCAUUCGACGAGGAAUACCUGAAAGACAAGGAUAUCAAGCAUAUGAGUUUCCAUGCUCAUGUCCGAAAGCUUCUCGGAUCCCACGGGAAGGGUACAACGCUGAAGAAGCCACUGGAGAAUCUUCGAUGCUCUUUGAAGCCGAACUGUGACGCUCACAAGCCGUUCCCGAAAGGAAUUUGCACGAAAUGCAAACCACAAGUGGUCACUUUAAAUCGUCAAAAGUUCCGUCAUGUUGAUAAUAUUCAAAUCGAAAAUCAGGAACUUGUCAACCAAUUUUUAGAUUAUUGGCGUUUAUCGGGACACCAGAGAGUUGGUUACUUGAUCGGACAGUACCAAACACAUCUUGAAGUGCCACUUGGUAUCAAGGCUACCGUCGCUGCGAUUUACGAGCCCCCACAACACUGCCGUGAGGAUGGAAUCGAAUUUUUGGAGGAUAAAAAUGCAAAAAUUGUUGAUAAACUGCUUGAAAUGCUCGGAUUACAACGUGUUGGAUGGAUUUUUACGGAUUGUUGGACAGCGGCGAGAGCAGAGGGAACUGUUCAUUAUACAAGACACAAGGAUUCGUUCUUCCUGUCGGCAGAGGAAUGUAUUACUGCAGGAAUGCUCCAAAACGCCCACCCGAAUAUCACCGACUACUCGAUGGAUCGCCACUACGGAUCGAAAUUCGUCACUGUCGUUGCGUCAGGUGACGAAUCGAUGCAUGUGAACUUCCAUGGUUAUCAAGUAUCGAAUCAGUGCGCCGCGAUGGUUGAAGCAGAUAUUCUUUGCCCUACUCUCUAUACACCCGAGUUGGCAUAUAUCCGUGAAACGCCACUUUCUGAAACACAUUAUAUCACCGAUGUUCAAUACUCUGAGAAAAAUGAGUAUGGAGCCGAGGUUCUGAAGAAUGGACGUCCGCUUCCUGUUGAAUAUCUUCUGGUUGAUGUGCCAGCUGGAAUGCCCAAAGAGCCACAUUACACAUUCCACGCGCCAGGAGCUAAUACAACUCGAAAAUUCCAUGUUGAGAAUCGUCAGGCGAUCGGACAGAUUCAAGGAGGAGCAAAUCUCACUCAGUAUUCUGGAGAGUUCUCGACGAAUCAAUUCUUGGAAUUGGCAACGAAUUUCCAUUUCCUUCUCUACCUGAUGACCAAUGAAAUGCAACAAAUUUCGGAUGAAUGGGUGAAGCGGUUGUGUGAGGCGGUGAAGUCUCAAGAUCGAGGAGCCGCUAUGGAUUGGGCACAAGAGUGCGAGGACUGGCAUCAGUUGAUGGCUAUGGCACAUGCGAAUGAUGGUGGAGGACAUGACGAUAUCCCAGUCAUCCCAGGAGCCGAACCUUACGAAGGAUCCGGUGGAGGUGGAAAUGGUGGUGCCACCUGGAACUGCAGUCAUUGCACAUUCCAAAACGAGGCGUCUUCAAGAGACUGCUCUAUGUGCGGACUGCCGGCUUCUGAUUAA